AUGUCGUCUCUUCCACCAAGCGAUUGCUGCGCAACAGGUUUCAAACACAAUGGUUCUCCCCAAGGAAGAACAGUGAAGCUUGCCGGAAAAUGGGACGCCUACAUCGCCACUCCUGCGCCAGGACAGCAGCGAAAUGACACAGCGCUGCUCUACUUGCCCGACGUCUUGGGCAUUUGGAUCAACAGCAAGCUGAUGGCCGAUGAGUUUGCGAGCAACGGUUACCUUUGCGUUAUCCCCGACUUGUUCCAUGGUGACGCCAUCAAAAUCAACGAUUUUGAGAAAACGGACGUUAAGAAAUGGAUCGAGCAAGGCACCGACGGAUCUCAGCCCCAUACGCCGGAUACAAUCAACCCCGUUGUCUCUGACGCUAUCCAAAGUCUCAAGAAGGAGUACUCUGCCAAGAAAAUUGGUGUUCUAGGAUAUUGUUUUGGGGCCAAGUUUGCUGUUGGGCAUUUCAAUAAUGAUAUCGAUGCCUGUUUUCUGGCCCAUCCAAGUUUUGUCUCGGACGAGGAGUUGGCUGCUAUCAAAGGCCCGUUAUCUAUAGCUGCCGCUGAUACUGAUCCCAUCUUCCCUGAUGAGCUGCGGCACAAGAGCGAAAAUAUUCUUCGAGGAACCGGACAGCCGUGGCAGAUCUGCUUGUACUCCGGGGUAGCGCACGGGUUUGCCGUACGCGGAGACCUUUCCAAGAGAGCGGAACGAUUCGCAAAGACACAGGCCUUUCAGCAGGCAAUUGUGUGGUUCAAUGAGCACCUGGGCUAG